AAAUCUGAGAAACUCAUUUCAUCCCUCGCCAAACACAACCGCCCAAUUCCGAUCUGAUUUCUCUCUCUCUCUCCAUCAAAUCUUGGAACCCUAUGAUCAAGAUCAACAUCAGUAUCUGAAAUUCCAUGCAAUUGAGUUGGUGAUUUGGGAUUAAUAUAUUAAUUUCAAUUGGUGGGGAAGAUGGAUGCGGUAUCGAUCCGAGUGCCGUACAAGAAUUUGAAGCAGGAAGUGGAAUUGGUAGGUGUUGAAGAAGCACAUAAUCGGAUCGAGAUCGGUAGUUCUAGGCUUUCUAACGGGAGUGUCUCCAGUAUGACGCCGGAUUCUACCCCACCUCAGCAUUCACCAAAAGAUAUUAGUAUGGUUGUGUUGAUUUUGAGUUGUACGGUCGCCGCCGGUGUUCAGUUCGGUUGGGCCUUGCAACUGUCGCUUCUCACUCCUUACAUUCAGACACUUGGAAUAGGGCAUGCCUUCUCUUCAUUUAUUUGGCUUUGUGGUCCUAUUACAGGUCUUGUGGUUCAACCUUGCGUUGGAAUUUGGAGUGAUAAAUGCACUUCAAAGUAUGGAAGAAGAAGACCAUUUAUUUUGGUUGGAUCUCUCAUGAUCUCAGCUGCUGUGAUAAUAAUCGGGUUUUCUGCAGACGUUGGAUACUUUUUAGGGGAUACGAAAGAACAUUGCAGCACAUUCAAAGGUACUCGAACAAGAGCAGCUAUUGUCUUCAUCAUUGGUUUUUGGAUGCUGGAUCUCGCUAAUAACACUGUACAGGGGCCCGCUCGAGCUCUUCUGGCUGAUUUAGCAGGCCCUGAUCAAAGAAAUGUAGCAAAUGCAGUAUUUUGCUCAUGGAUGGCCGUUGGAAACAUUCUGGGGUUUUCUUCUGGUGCUAGUGGGAAUUGGCACAGAUGGUUUCCUUUCCUGAUGAGUAGAUCUUGUUGUGAAGCCUGUGGAAAUCUUAAAGCAGCAUUUUUAAUUGCGGUGGUUGUCCUGACUUUGUGCACCCUUGUGACUCUCUAUUUUGCAAAAGAGGUUCCAUUAACACCAAAGCAACCUCAACAUUUAUCAGAUUCUGCUCCUCUCUUGAAUGAUCCACAGCAGAUUGGAUUUGACCUUUCAAACUCAAAAACUGAUACACAGUUUGUUGAUAAUGCAAUGGGGAACAAGUCAGCAGAACAUGAGGAGGAUCAGGGUGGGAGUUAUAGUGAUAGCCCUGGAGCAGUCUUGGUUAAUUUGUUGACCAGCUUACGGCAUUUGCCGCCGGGGAUGCACUCAGUGCUUGUGGUCAUGGCUCUUACCUGGUUGUCUUGGUUUCCCUUUUUCCUUUUUGAUACGGAUUGGAUGGGGAGAGAGGUUUUUCAUGGGAACCCAAAAGGGGAUGCCUCUGAAGUUCAAGCUUAUGAUCAAGGCGUCAGAGAAGGUGCAUUUGGUUUGCUAUUGAAUUCAGUUGUUCUUGGCAUGAGCUCUUUCUUUAUUGAACCAAUGUGUCAGCGGAUGGGUGCAAGACUAGUUUGGGCAACGAGCAAUUUUAUUGUGUUCGUCUGCAUGGCUGGCACUGCUAUCAUUAGCUUUUUUUCCAUAAGAGAGUACUCCGAAGGUAUUGAACACGUGAUCGUAGGGAAUGGAACAAUCAAGAUUGCCUCCUUGGUUGUUUUUGCUCUUCUUGGCCUUCCUCUUGCUAUAACUUAUAGUGUUCCCUUCUCUGUCACGGCUGAGCUGACUGCUGAUACAGGAGGCGGGCAAGGAUUGGCGAUAGGAGUCCUAAAUCUUGCAAUUGUUAUACCUCAGAUGAUUGUAUCCUUGGGUGCGGGUCCAUGGGAUGCAUUAUUCGGUGGAGGAAAUAUACCAGCCUUUGUUUUGGCUUCCUUGUCUGCUCUUGCUGCUGGUGUAAUUGCAACUAUCAAGCUGCCAAAUCUUUCAAGCAGUUCCUUCAAAUCAACCGGUAUGCAUUUUGGUUGACUUUCUUUCCUCAAUUAGAUCAUGAUCCACUUGUAUACGUGCUAUAUUUCUUUCAGGGAGUUGUGGAUUCCACACUCAAAUUCAUUCAUUUUUUCCCCAUAUUUUUGGGACAUAUAUGUAAGAUAUGGAGAGUGUAAAUUUUUAGUGAACACUAAAAAGCAUAAUGAUAUAUA